UAUUGUGGCCUGGAGAAUUCCACGGACUGUAUAGUCCAUGGGGUUGCAAAGAGCUGGACACGAGUGAGUGACUCACUUUUCAGUCUUCAAAAGGAGCCAGAAGUUGUGUUGGGAAGAAAUUGCCUUGAAUGAACACAGAACCUGUCCACCUUCCACAACAAACCAUCCAGGUGUUAGAUCCUCAUCUGUGGCUUCAAUGACUUAGUGAUAUGGACUGUUACUUUGCAUCCCACUCAUACAGCACCACCACACUUACUUUACCCUGAGAUGUAACCAAAGGAGAUGGUAGCAGAAGUCCUCCUCAUCUCCAAAGUUGUACAGGCUCUGUUAUCUGCCCUAAAAUCAUCUAAGAGCCUGCAGCAUUGAGUUUCCUCAUGGGGUUUGCCCCAGCCUCAGAUCCACAUUGGGAAUUCCCUGGCAGUCCAGUGGUUAGGACUGGGCGUUUUCACUCACUGCACCUAGGUUUGCUUCCUGAUCAGGAAACUUAACAUCCUGCAAGCCAGGGUGGGUGCAGCCAAAAAUGAAAACAUCCACAUUCCCACAAGAAUGAAGGAGGGGGUCAAGAUGGGAAGAUAAAUUAAGCCCAAGACAGAAGUGGUUGAUGCUUGAUAGCGUAGGUGGGGCAGCCAAGACUCACUCCUGCCCCUGGUUCCCAAGCUGUUCCACUUGUCAACACCCAACCAAAGGUCAGUGGGAACCUGCCUGUUUUGUUGAAGCAGGAGAGGCUCAGGGGAAGUAUCAUUUCACGGUAGGUUGGACCAAUAUUUUCAAAAAGGACUCCACACCACAGAUUGGGGCUGCAAACGAAGACUGACAGAAGGGUCUUGGUGCUUAGUUUGAGACCACCACCAUGACCUUGAUCUGUUAGGUCCCUGCAGUUUCCACAGAGGUUGGACUUCGUGAACCUUCGGUGUGGAACACAGGUGGGAUGCCUUCGCUGAAAGAGAUGAUCAGGGAACGUCCCACGAAAGGCUCUUGGCAGAACUCCGGUCAAGGAAGGCCUUAGAGCUGUCCGGAAUUCUCACAUGGAGCCUUCAGUCCCAAAUCACCAAGCCGGGGGAUUUCCCUGGCCUUCCAGUGGUUUAAGAACCCCACCGCGUGCUUCCAGUGCACCCAGCAUGAGUUCGAUCCCUGGCCGGGGAACCAGGAUCCCCCAUCCUGUGCCGUGGGGUGCGGGCGCAAAAGCAUAUCACCGAAAGGGUUCCAGAUGGCUGGGACUAAACCCAGGCUGUCUUGACGACAGAAAGCCUCCCUUCAGGAGGGUAGGUCCACAAGUUUUGAAACGGCAUCCUGCAGGGAAUUCUCGCGUUUGUGUGUAAAACGCACAGAGCACUCGGUAGUCUUUCAUCCUUGUGAAGAGGGAAUCCUCUAAAUUUCACAGCGAGGGGAGACGGGCGAAGAAGGACAAAGACGUGAUGGGGAUCAAAACCCAGGUCUCUUGCCAUGGAGUGCCGCCUCUCUGCGCCGCUGGCGCCAGCCCGGAGCCCUACCCGGGGUCAGGCGACCUGCACCCGGACGUGACCGAGGCCAUGCUCUACGAGAAAUUCUCGCCCGCUGGCCCCAUCCUGUCCAUCCGCGUGUGCCGCGAUGUGGCCACCCGCCGCUCGCUGGGUUAUGCCUACAUCAACUUCCAGCAGCCAGCAGACGCGGAGCGGGCACUGGACACCAUGAACUUUGAGGUGAUCAAAGGCCAGCCCAUCCGCAUCAUGUGGUCCCAGCGAGACCCAGGACUUCGUAAGUCAGGUGUGGGCAACAUCUUCAUCAAGAACCUGGAGGACUCCAUUGAUAACAAGGCCUUGUAUGACACCUUCUCCACCUUUGGGAACAUCCUGUCUUGUAAGGUGGUGUGUGAUGAGCACGGCUCCCGCGGCUUCGGCUUUGUGCAUUUUGAGACCCACGAGGCUGCGCAGAACGCCAUCAGCACCAUGAACGGAAUGCUGCUGAACGACCGCAAAGUCUUCGUUGGCCACUUCAAGUCCCGACGGGAGCGGGAGGUGGAGCUGGGCGCUCGGGCCAUGGAGUUCACCAACAUCUACGUGAAGAACCUCCACGUGGACAUGGACGAGCAGCGCCUGCAGGACCUCUUCUCCCAGUUUGGGAAGAUGCUCAGUGUCAAGGUGAUGAGGGAUGACAGCGGCCACUCCCGCGGCUUUGGCUUUGUCAACUUCGAGAAGCAUGAGGAAGCCCAGAAGGCUGUGGUGAACAUGAACGGGAGGGAGGUGAGCGGGCGGCUGCUCUACGUGGGCCGGGCCCAGAAGCGGGUGGAGCGGCAGAAUGAGCUGAAGCGCAGGUUUGAGCAGAUGAAGCAGGACCGGCUGACCCGUUACCAGGGCGUGAACUUGUAUGUGAAGAACCUGGAUGACUCCAUAGAUGAUGAGAAACUGAGGAAAGAGUUCUCUCCCUAUGGAGUGAUCACCAGUGCCAAGGUGAUGACAGAGGGUGGCCACAGCAAAGGGUUUGGCUUUGUGUGUUUUUCCUCUCCAGAAGAGGCGACCAAGGCUGUGACAGAGAUGAAUGGGCGCAUCGUGGGCACCAAGCCACUGUAUGUGGCGCUGGCCCAGCGCAAGGAAGAGCGGAAGGCCAUCCUGACCAAUCAGUACAUGCAGCGCCUCUCCACCAUGCGGGCUCUGGGCGGCCCCAUCAUGGGCUCCUUCCAGCAGCCUGCCAGCUACUUCCUGCCCGCUGUGCCCCAGCCUCCAGCCCAGGCUCCGUACUAUGGCUCUGGCCCACCCAUCCAGCCUGCCCCCAGGUGGACGGCCCAGCCACCCAGACUGUCAUCCGCUUACUCGCCCAGGGCCUCGGUGGUCCGGCCAGCAGCCAUGUCUCGGCGCCCCUUGGCCCCUGUUGGAAGCUCCAGGCAGGUCUCCACCCACGUGCCACACCUGGUGCCCCACACCCCGCGAGUGGCCAACAUUGGUACCCAGACCACAGGACCCGGUGUGACGGGAUGCUGUACCCCUAGCAGGCCUCUCCUGACGCACAAAUAUUCCACGCCAGCACACUGCACUGAUCGGGUCCAGGAGCCUGCCGUGCGUGUCCCCGGACAGGAGCCCCUGACUGCGUCCAUGCUGGCCGCAGCACCGUUGCAUGAACAGAAGCAGAUGAUUGGUGAGCGUCUCUUCCCCCUUAUCUACAAUGUCCACGCCCACUUGGCCGGCAAGAUCACUGGCAUGCUGCUGGAGAUUGACAACUCGGAGCUGCUGCUCAUGCUGGAGUCCCCAGAGUCUCUCAACGCCAAGGUCAAAGAGGCUCUGGCAGUGCUGCAGGCCCACCAGGCCACGGAGCACAUGCGAGGAGUGAACCUGCGCUGAGGCCAGAAAACGGAAUCCUCACUCCCUUGGCUGAGAAACAGCGUUUCCUGCUCUUGUCUCUAAGGCCCUGUAAGCCGUGACUUCCCGACUGGGGUGUAUCUUACUUGAACUUUUUGUGGAAUGAAGGCUGGUCACCGUGCCAACCUCUAACCUGUUGCUUUAUGUAUUAAAAGUGCUGCAAACU